AUGGAAGUAAUCUAUAGUGGAAAUUAUUCUAUAGUCAAGAAGUCGGAUGAUAAGGCCAUAAAAAUAGUGGACAAGGAUUUCAGUAUACCUCCACAUGAUAUAUAUAGAGAAAUAAGGCUUGUGAGAUCCUUGAAACAUGAUAAAAUCAUAGAAAUACUAAAUGUGGAAGAGAAAUUUGACGAUAUCUUGAUAUAUAUGAAAUAUUACCCUUUCAAUUUGUAUGAUUGGGCAUUAAGUAAAAGCAAGAAACGGAGUAGGUUCAUUGAUGGAGAGAUAACAUAUUCCAUUCAAAAUCAAUUGACUGAGGUGAUGAGAGAAUCAGUUAUUUCACAAAUCAUCGAGAGCAUUAAAUACAUUCAUGAUCAUGGUAUAAUUCAUAGAGAUAUUAAACCAAGCAACUUUUUGGUUGAUGUGGCUGGAGAUCAAGUUAAUGUAAUUAUUUGUGACUUCAGUAUUCUGAUAGAAGAGAGUAAUAAUGAUAUGAUUCAUGAUGUAUGCUCAACUUAUUAUAAGUCUUUGGAACUUAUAUUUGCAUUGGACUACGGUAAAGAGAUCGACAUAUGGUCUUUAGGAAUUCUUAUCAGUUUUCUAUAUUCUAAAAACUGUAAGCCGUUGACUUGGAACGAAGAAAUGACAGAUUUUCAAUUAAUCAAGGUAAUAUUCGAUAGCUUUGGCAUACCGAAUAAAACACCAGGAACUAAUUAUUGGCCCGAAAUUUUUGAUAUAGAUACAUUCAAAUUGAUAAAUUUGAAACCCAGAGAAAGAGAUCAGAAGUUCAAUUGUGACGAUGACUCAAAGGUUGAGCUAUUCAAUAACAUAUGUCACCUCAACCCUAAACAAAGAUUGGACGCCAAAGAAAUUGAUUUGGCCUGGAGAAGUAUAAUCCAAGGUUGA